UUGGUUAACGAGCAAUGACGUCGAGCGUUAGCUACAACUCUCAGGAAGCGGGUCCGCGCAACGUCGACUUCGGUCAACUUUAUCACGUUGGUUUUUUGUCGAACAAAUCUUCACAGAUCCAAAGUCACACACAUGGCAGGCGAUAAAGAGAUAUGGCAAAAGAUUGGAGAGGGCUUUGUUCAGGAAUAUUACAACCAGUUUGACAAUACCAACAGGAUGGCACUUGCUAAUCUCUAUUCACCCAGCGCCUGCCUGACAUGGGAGGGCUCACCGUUCCAGGGAAGAGAAGCAAUAGCUAACAAGCUUGUAAACUUGCCCUUCAAGCAGAUCAAGCACGUCAUUACAGAGCAAGACUCCCAGCCAACUAUCGACAGUUGUAUCCUCAUCAUGGUCUUUGGACAGUUAAAGGCAGAUGAUGAUCCACCAAUGGCCUUUCAUCAGGUAUUCAUGCUGAAAUCCCAAAAUGGCGGAUGGGUUUGCACAAAUGAUGUGUUUCGUCUGGGAGUGCACAACAUACCAGUGUAGUAAUCUGGAUUUUUCAUACACAUGUUCCAACCUGUUGUGAAGUGACUUUGUUGUUGUUCUGCGAUAUGACAGGACUGUAUGUAAAGUUCAAUCAAUUAAACAUAAGUGCUGUACUUGCCAUGUUGUUGCUAUGCAAAAUGACAUUCCUUUCAAAUUAAAGAAUUUUGUAUUCUAAACU